AUGGAAGUUGUUCCAUUUUUACUCAACUGGAUACCACGCAGUGAUGGGGAUAAUUUUAAUUGGGCUUUAAGAUGGCCAAAGCGUUGGCCUACAUGUCAACAAUUAUGGGAUUGGCAAGCAUUCUACAUGGUUGUAGUAUGGAUUUCUUUCCAGGCAGGAUUGGCUUUACUACCAAUCGGCAGGGUUGUUGAAGGCUUGCCUUUACGUGAUGGUACCCGCUUAAAAUAUCGCGCCAAUGGUUUCUUUGCUUUUAUCGUUAGCAUUUGCGGGUUUAUGUACUUGUGUUGCUAUCAGAAAUUUUCAGUGGAAUUAAUAGCUGGGAAACUUCUUCAACUUGGAACUGCAUCUGUAGCAUUCUCCUUGGCACUCUGUAUAUUUGCCGUUAUUAAAGCCAGAGUGGAAGGCACUGAUCCGCCUUCUGGCUCCUGGUUGUAUGAUUUCUUUAUGGGCGGCCAAUUAAAUCCACGUAUUGGCGAUCUUGAUCUCAAGUUUUUCUUCAUGACUCGCCCUGGCCUUAUCGGAUGGGUUAUCAUAGACUUUUGUUUGCUUUCUGUGCAUCUGAAAGAGAAUAAUAUGACAUUAAGCACUCCCAUGGUAUUAAUCUGUAUUUUCCACUUUUGUUACGUUGCUGAUGGUUUAUGGUGGGAGGAUAACUUUUUAACCGGAAUGGACACAGCUAAUGUUGGAUUUGGGUACAUCAUCAUUUUCGCAUUUAAUGUUUGGGUUCCAUUUUCGUACACUCUACAAAGCCAAUAUUUGAUUAAAAAUAGUCCUAAGCACUUGUCAUGGUAUUGCUAUGGGGGUAUUGUCGCUCUAAAUGCGGUUGGAUACGUUAUUUAUCGAUCUGCGAAUAAUACUAAACAUCAGCUACGAAUGGAUCCUAAUUGUGUUGAAGUAAAAGAUCUUGAAACAAUUGAGACAUCGUCCGGUAAGAAACUCAUCGUCUCAGGGUUAUGGGGUGUUUGUCAUCAUCCCAACUACCUCGGAGAUUUGAUCAUGGCUUUAUCAUGGUGUCUUCUAUGCGGCUUCAAUCACAUUCUCCCUUAUUCCUAUUUCAUUUUAUUGCUGCUUCUCUUGCUGGAUCGAGAACGUGAGGAUUGGAAACAUUGUCAUCGCAAGUAUGGUGAUGAUUGGUUGCACUACUGUCAAAUAGUACCAUGGAGGAUACUUCCAGGAUUUUAUUAG